AUGCGAGUUGCGGUGGUGAGCCUGUUGGUGUGUCUACUGGCGCUGGGCGGAGUGGCGAGCGCAGGCUUUGCCGGCGUGAGCGGCGGGAGCAGCUGCGCAGCCGGCGAGGCCUUCUUCCCAUCGGCGCUCAGCUGCGGAAGUUGCGAGGUGCCCGGGAGCGUGCCUGCCGCUGAUGGUCUCGGGUGCGUGUGCCCGACAGGCUGGCUGAACGUGAAAGACCCGACGACGCUUGCGCUCACCGAGUGCACCAUGUGCGCUGUCGGAAGCAGCUCAGUGAGGGACGGGAGCGCGUGUCUGCUGUGUGGGACGGGCAACACGACGGCAACGGCGUCUGCCGGUACGUUUGCGACCUACGACGCGGCGAGCGGAAGGUGUGUGUGCCCAACGGGCGCGGUGCUUGUAGAGACGCAUCCGGUGACCGGCGCGGCGCUGAGCACGAUGGAGUGCGUGAUGUGCGAGGCCGGGUCGUUUGUUGACUUUACCAACUCGCCGUACGAGUGUGUGCCGUGCCCACAAGAGGGGGCGGUCCGGUCUGCGGCGAGUGGGGAGUGCGAGUGCGCCGGGCCAGUGUUUGUGGCUGGGCCAGACGGCUCGGGCUGCUUGCCGGCGACGGCGUACGCCGAGCUGUCAACCGUGUACCCUGCAGCACAGGCUGCGCGGAUCACGUACUCGGAGAUCGGCAACCGGGACGGCGACAUUGGGGCACCCGUCUCGCUCUCGUCGUGGCUGAUGGGCAAGUACUUUCCGGCGGCGGCGUCGUGGUGCACACUUCGCGGCGACGCGGCGUCGUGCCAGACGUUGGGCAACCUGUGUGUGCUCACCAACUACGACGAGGACUCGGCGGCGUGCCGGGUCUUCAACAGUGUGGCCAACCAGCGGACCGGCAACGUCAACGGAUACGACGAGUGGAAGGUGAACAUGCCGUGGCUCGAGUACGGCUCGGCCUUUGCCGAGCUCCGGUCAUUUGCGGUGAGUGCGCGGUUCACCUUUUCGCAGGACGAGGAGAAUGCCGGGACAGCCAUCUACAACAUGCGGUACGUCCUUGCCGGCUACUCGAUCAACGGCACGCUUGUAUCUGUCCGCGACGUGAGCGACCAGCUGCAGCUCUGUCAGGAGCGGCGGUCGAUUGCAUCGCGGUGGCGGCGGUUCGGGACGAAUCUGUAUCAGGAGUGUGUCCUCUACCUGCACCCUAUGCAGGCCGAGGCUGCGGGCGCUGCUGCCGAGUCGCAGCUUGUAUUCUACGACAUGUAUCUUGUCGACGCCGACGGAAGCUUUGUGCCGGUUCCGGUCCGGCUGGCGAACCUUAAGCGAUCUGGGCAGUACGUCAACGUCGACUCGUCCGAGUUUAACGACGUCCUCACCCGCCGGUUCUACCUCACCGACGUGGUGAGUGGAAAGCGGUCUGCCGAUGGGACGCCCGACGUUGUCCGGGUGGCGCAGAGCCUGCGGAUCAUGGUGACGCUGCAGGAAGUCGGGCAGGGCCGGAUCCGACCGCCGCUCAUUGACCUCUCCAUCACUGAGCGGCUGGGCUCGACGCUCAGCGUGGCCGCGCCGGAAGACCAGUUCGACGAGGCCGACGGGCGGCCGAAGGUGAGGUUUGAGUCGGUCUACACCAUGGACCUCACCGACUUUUGGCGGUCGGUCUCGAUCGGGUUUGGCGUCAUGCUCUUUGUGGCGGUCCUCUUCUGGCUCGUCCGGCUGUACGCGUGGAUCCAGCGGAAUCAGAGCGCGGUGGGGACCGAGUUCCUCGGCCCGAUGUGCGCUUACCUGUUCAGCUCGCUCGGCUUUGUGCUCUUUUGGUUUGUGUAUGCGCUCGCGUUGUACUGGCUCAUCUUUUUCAAGUGGCAGGCAACCGUUCACGUCCUCCUCCCGACCUCGUCGGCUCACACCGAGAUGGUGGCCGUGCUGGCAACUGCGUUUGCCUGCCAGGCGCUCGCCGUCCUGUACCAAACGUACAAGCAGAGCUCGGUCGACAUCUUUCUCAUGGACUGGGAGCGGCCCAAGGGCCAGGUUGUGCCCAAAGACGGCGACAUCCGCAACGCCAAGCCGGCGUCGAUCUCCAUCUGGCGCACCUUUUUCAUUGCCAACGAGUGGCACGAACUGCAGACACUGCGCCGCAUCUCGCUCGAGGGCACGCUCUUUGCGCUCCUCUUCCUCCUCCGUGGGCUCAACCUCGAGUACCUCGCCACGCCGCAGCCUGCGUUCACCGACCUCACGCCGAUGGCGCCCAACGUAAUCCUCCGGUUUGCGGUGACAGCCUCGCUCUGGCUCCUUCUGGGUGGAGCGCAGAUCGCGUUCAAGUUCCUCAUCCUCGACCGGUUCUUCGACAACCCAAUGGUCGACUUUGUCGACCUGCUCUCGCUCUCCAACAUCUCGGUCUUUGUCCUCUACGAACGGUACGCCGGCUUUUAUCUCCACGGUCGGUCCAUCUACCAGCACACCGAUGUCUCGAUGCAGGAGAUGAACAAGAACUUGCGCGAGGAGAUGGAGGGUAUGGCACCGCCGCGUGGGCUCGGCGAGAACUCCGAGUGCCAGACCUUUGAGAUCUUUGUCACCCAUCCGUUCCGCGACGCCUUUGACGAGUGCUACGGCGACGUGACCAACAACUUUUCGCUCAUUCCGUGCGCAAAGUCGGCUCCAAGCUCACGGCAGGGCUCGCGGCGGCAGGCUCGGAUGGUGGCAGGUGGUGGCUCGCGUCUUGGCGAGGCCGCCGCCGCGCCCAGCUCUGCCGCUCGCGUCUCUGGCCCUUCUGCCGCCACGCUCGCUGCCUACGCCCGAGUCAACACCUUCCUCACCCAGUUUAUCGACCGCCACGGUGCAUCACCCGGUGCCGACGAGGGCUAUCGCAUCGAGUCGCGCCCUGCGCUCUCGCAACUCUUGCACAUCCCGCCGGACAUGGGCCACGGCGCGUGCGUGCUCAACCCGGCAGGCAUCACCAAGUUUACCAACGUCACCUUUUACGGUCUCGAGUUCUCACUCCUCCUCCUCAACAUCAUGGUCUACGCCAUCACCGACGUCAUCUUCAACAACGCCUUUAUCUCGGCCCUGGUCACCUGGCUCGUCGAGGCCGGCCUUGGCGUUCUCCGUCGCUGGAUGGGCGCCAAGAACCUGACCCAGAAGACGCUGGUUGAUGAGCGGUUCCUCAUCUAAGCCCUUGGCAACACAGCAGGCAUGGCGCAUGCACUCGGUAAAGCCUUUGAUCAGCAU